CAACCACCAACAAAGGACGAAACCGUUCAUUCCUCCACAAUUCCUUGCACAACGACCUAGGAAUACAGAUCCUGCUAAACCUUGAUCGACUGCGACACAAACUAGCAAUUGUCAGUACAUUCCAAGAAAUGGGACCUGUUUCGCGACGGAGAUGAACUCCUCGCCAGCACCUCCAGCUUCAACACCCCCAUGGGCCCCACGAAGGCCUUCCAAGAGAAGUAAACUUCGCAAUGGAAGCGUCAUCAUUCCUUCCACGGGCGAGCGGUCUCACCGGACCUUCACGCUUCGCGCUUCAAGUUGGCUCCGAAGGAGUGCGCCCGAAGGUUCAGACGCGUCAACCCUCGCGCCAUUUACCUCACGCGAGUCCAUGUCAGACCGACUACACACCGCCGCGCAUAAAUUUCAAGAUGGAGGCAUACGAGUGCUCCGCUGGCUUGAUUCUCCCGUAGGCCGUGGGGUGCUCAAGUGCACUCUCGCAUACACACUAGGCAGUCUCGCGACUUUCUGGUCGCCGCUCUCAGAAUUCUUGGGCAGGCCGGACGGCAAGCACGUGGUGGCUACAUUAACGGUCUACUUCCACCCCGCCCGGUCAGUGGGCUCCAUGAUCGAGGCGGUCUUGAUCGCAAUUGUAGCCGUCGCAUACGCCGAAGUCGUCUCGAUGCUGUCCAUGGGCACAUCCGUUCUGUUCGGCGACGUUCUAGACAUGGUCGCACUAGCCCAUGUCUUGGUGUUGGUUGUGUUCAUCGGGGGAGGCUUUGGCUUCAUAGGAUGGGUCAAGCAGAAGAUGAAUAACCCUCUGGUCAAUGUCGGCAGCACGCUCGCUUCCCUGGCUAUUAUCAGCGUUGUUACCAAGGAGACAGCCGUCCUCACGAGCGUUUUCUCGAACCAGAAAAUCGUCCAAAUCUCCAAGAUGCUUGUCAUGGGCGUUACAACCACUACGCUUGUCAACCUUUUGGUGUGGAGAGAGUCUGCCGUAUCCUCCCUGCGAGAGUCAAUGACCAAGGCUUCUGUCUCACUUGGCGAUAUGCUCUCCCUGAUCACCCGGGGAUUCCUAAGCGGAUCUGAGGAUGAGGUGCUAUCGCCCGAGUUUGCUGCAGCCUCAUCUGCCUACAAGUCCGUCUACCCGCAGAUGACCAAGAAUCUCCGCGAGUCGAAGUUCGAACGCUACUUUCUGGGCUACGAAAAGGUAUACCAGCUCGACAGAGGUGUGGUGAGAUCCAUGGAGACACUAGCCCAAUCCAUUGGCGGGUUGCGGAGUGCGGCGAACUCACAGUUUGCCCUUCUGAAGGAGCCUUUAAGUAUGGCCCCGUUAACGCGCGUGACGAGUUCUUCCCCUGUUGCUUCUCCUCCGUUUUCGCCAAACCUGCGUUCGACGAACACACAUAGAGGGUUUCCAGCGCUAUCUGCGAUCGACGAAGCGUCCGAGGAAGGCCAAGAGGACGUAAGGAGCCCGAUUGAUAGACGCCUGUCUGAUGCCGCCGCCGCAAGCCUCCCACCAUUUCGGCACCCUGCAGAAAUAUUUGAGCUUUUCAUCGAGUUAUUGGGCCCCUCAAUGAAGUCAUUGGCCUACACACUCUCCGAAGUCCUCCGGGAUCCGCCAUUCGGAGCCGCCCCUGACUAUGAGAUUACCAUCAACGACCACUACCGCCAGAGCCUUACCGAUGCCUUGUCCCUUUUCAACGAUGCGAGAGUUCAUGCUCUCCAAGAGCUGUACAAGACACUGGAGCUAGACCGCACAAGGUCUGAAAAUGUCAAAGCUGAUUUUGAAGAAGUUGCGGCUGCCUGCGGCCACUUCAGUUUCAGCCUGCAAACAUUUGGAGAGGAGAUGCAGAAGUAUCUUGACAUUUUGGAUGAUUUGAAGCACGCCAGCGAGCACAGGAAACGUAGCUGGUACUGGCUCAAAUGGUGGAGGAACGCUCAGCAGCAUGGUCGGAAGGUCUUGGCCCUGCCCUACGACAACGAGGAACGGGCUCCCUUGAUCAAACCCAUCAAGAAAAGCCAGCUGCCAAAAGGGAUAGCCGAUCCGCUGGUCAAGCGGAGAGAUACGUAUGCCUGGGAAGUCGCUCCAGAGACCAAGAAGCGCCGCGUCGUCGCGACCGUGUCCCAAAACAUUCUACAAGUACUGAGAAAGUUGGCCAGGGAUGACAUCCGAUUUGGCUUAAAGGUUGGUGUAGGGGCUGCUUUGUGGGCCUCGCUCGCCUUCAUGCCGCAAACUCGCGAUUUGUACCGGCACUGGAGAGGCGAAUGGGGCCUCUUGUCCUUCAUGAUUGUCUGUUCCAUGACGGUAGGCGCGGCCAACACCACAGGCUGGGCAAGGUUCAUGGGAACAGUGAUCGGCAUCGCCACGGCGGGCAUCAACUGGAACGUGUCCCAACAUAGCGCGCUCGGCCUCAUCCCUCUCGGGUCACUGGUUGCUUUCUGGAGCUUUUAUGUGAUCAUAGCUAAGGGAAAGGCGCCGUUGGGCAGGAUCACGCUGCUGGCUUACAACGUGUCGACGCUAUACGCCUAUAGCCUCUCGCAGAAAGUCGAAGAUGACGACGACGACGAGGGCGGCGUGAAUCCGAUCAUGCGAGAAAUCAUGCUCCACCGCUUCACGGCCGUGACCGUUGGCAUCCUCUGGGGGCUGAUCGUCUGCCGGUUGAUAUGGCCUAUUUCGGCGCGCAAGAAGUUCAAGGAGGGCCUUAGCAUGCUGCUACUCCAAAUGGGCCUCAUCUGGAAGCGUGGGCCGCUGGCGAUCCUCCUUCGGAGCGAUUGCACGCGCUCCUAUCUCCGCUCUGGCGAGCAAGCUGCUCUUCAGAAGUACGCCGCGCGUCUCGACGCCCUCCGCACCAGCGCCGCCUCGGAAUUCGAGCUGCGCGGGCCCUUCCCCGCGGAACAAAACCGCCGGGUCAUGGAAUGCACCCACCGGCUCCUCGACGCAUUCUACGCCAUGUCCCUCGUCACGCAACGCAAGGGAAACCUGACGGAGGGCGAACGCGCCCUUCUAGUAUACACGGCCGACGAGCGGGCGCUGCUGUGCGAUCGCAUCUGCCACGUGUUUCAGGUGCUCGCCUCGUCGCUCAUGCUGGAGUACCCCUUGACGGAUGCUCUUCCUGGUGUGGCGACAACGAGAGAUAGGUUGCUGAGCAAAAUAUUUCAGUUCCGGAAGGAGCAUCAGCACGAUGGAGGUGGCGAUGGGAACAACCCCGGGGAGAACUACUUGGGUCUUGGGGUGCUGUCGCAUGUAAAUGUGAGGGAGCGAGAUUAUGAGCUGCUUUAUGCUUAUGCGCUUGUUACGGGCCAGGUGGCGGAGGAGUUGAAAAUGGUUGCCAAGGAAAUCGAGGGUUUGUUCGGAGUGCUGGAUGAGGAAACGCUGUUGUUGCAAUAGCCUCUUCCUCUGUUCACUGGGUUUGAGGUGUCUGGCGCCAAGACAUGGGUUUCCGUCACGGUUGAAGAUUGGAAGGUGUUAUCCUCUUAGAGGGUUUUGUAUAUUCUGGCUAUUCAAAGUAGGAUUUCAGUCCGGAGUUUGGAAACAUAUAUCAUUCGGAAAGGGAUUGGAUGUAGUACUGUUUGGUUCAUGACAUGGCUUCUGCGGUGUUGUUGUGGGGAACAAUUCAGGAUAUGUUCCAACUCUUAUGUCCCUGAUACCUGUACAGAGUGUAUCAGGUACUUACAUAGGCUAUGGUCAGAAGAAAAUGAUCCCAGGUUCGAUGAUG